AUGGCUGCAGAACAGGACCGGGUCUUGCGGGGACCAAAGUACGACCUGGAACUGCCCCAGGUCACUCUGGGCAAAUACAUUUUCUCUGGAUUGCUGAAGCACGGCGACCACGUUGCACAGGUGUACCCUGGGGAGCCGGAGGUGCGGCUGUCGUUCCGGGAGCUGGCGAGGCGUUCGGCCUGCGUGGCCGAGGAGCUGCGCAUGCGCGGCGUGGGCCCCGGGGACGUGGUGGCGCUCGGCUGCCGCGUCGUGCCGCAGUUCGCGCCGCUCCUCAUAGGCACCCUCCUCAGGAACGCCGUGCCGGCGCCCUUCAACCCAGAUCUCGACCAAGAGGAAUUAAAGGUGGUGGUGCAGCAGACCCUGAAGCCUAAGUUGUUGGUGAGCCAGGAGCCGGCGCUGUCGGCAUUGGGGGAAACAGCCGGGUGCCCCGUUCUGCCGCUGUCCCAGGUGGACGGCUGGCUGCAGCGAGACGCAGACCCGGAGCAGGCGCUGCAGGUGCUGUCCCCGCCAGACGCGGCCGGCUGGCUCGACUCGUGCGCCGCCAUCCUCUGCUCCUCCGGCACCACGGGGCCGCCCAAGGGCGUCAUGCUCUCACACCGGGGGCUGCUCACCUUGACUGUCGCCUUCGGCUGCUUUGAUGGCGGCCAUCGUGUCGUCGGAAGCCACACGCAGUUUGGCGCGCAUGUCUUUUUCUUUCUCGUGGUGGCGCGACCCGCUUCCCAGUUUUUGAUGGGGGCGGUGGUGGCCACUGCUUCUCGUCCAGUGUCACCUCCUCAUGUGCGGCGCCAGUACGUUCCUUCGUUCACCUCUUCUUCCUGCGGCUCCAAUUCUUGA